UUCUUUUUGUGCAGAGCUCUUAGUCUGUGUAGGUCACAUACGAGGUUGACAGUGUCCCAUGUUCAUACUGAGACUAUUUGUCUUUUCCAGUGUGCUGUUUGGUUACUCAACAUUUGACGCUUGGAAGCGAGAGGAUAAAAGAACUCAGGUCUCAGGCUGAUGAGACAGGCAGCAUGGGAUUUUAGAGACUUACUGUCAACAUUAUGGGACCUUCCCUGUAUAAUACAGUAAAGAGGACCAGCCAUUGAAGGAAUGGCCAGAGCUAGGAAUGUCCUGAGCGUCUGUGCCCUUCUCUUCACUCUCGUUGUUUUCCAAACACUGGUUUCACCGGAACUUGAAGAAGACGAACCUUUUCUACCUCAAUCCAGACAGAAGAGAAGUGAACCGCUUUCUCCUUUGGAGUAUGACGUGGUGGUGGAGCUGAAUUUGACGGAUGUCGGUGCAGUACAACACCUGAGGACCCUGUUCAGCAGCAACAGCAGCAGCUUGAACCUAACUUUGACUCCACUCAUAUUUGUGUCAGACAUUCACAUGACCACAGUGUGUUACCCAAAUGGCACCAGCUACCAGUGUAGAUGUGAGGAUCAAUACGUUUGGUCCUACAACAACUGCGUCACAUAUGGCGCCUGUGAUGAGAUUACAGACGGCGCGUGCACGUGUAUCAGUGACCUCCCUUCCAAUGGGCAGUAUUGUCAACCAAAGACAGUCGAGCAGACGUACGAGUACAUAGUCGAAGUGGAGAUUAGCGCCAGCAACAUUGAACUGUUGGAACAAAUCCGGCAAGCUUUGACAAACAUGGUUUUCCCCGUGGAGCUGAACGACAUGAUCAACAUCACACAAAUUGAAGUUAUAUUCGUUGUGCCUGAAAUUAUCUACGAAUAUGAGGUUUUCAUUGAGGUGAACACGACAGACGCAGAUGAGCUGAAAAACAUCCUGAAUGGUCUGACCUUCCCGGUUCAAAUCAGCCCACACAUCAACGUCUCAGACCUCAACAUAACAACAGUCUGCAUCCAGGACGAUGCUGGAAUCCAGUGUCGCUGUGAAGAAGACUACAUCUGGCCCUGUGACACCUGUGCUGUGUUUGAACCCUGUGACCACGAACCCGACAACACCUGCAGCUGCAUCAGAGCUAAUUCCACAGAUGGACAAUACUGUCAGUCAAAACAGGGUCAAAAUUUAACAGCGUGUUUUCCCACAACUCCAAUACCAACAACAACGACAGUGGAAACGUCUGUAGCGUCUUCAACCUCAUUGGACACGACAGACACAACAACAUCCACAACUUUAGCACCAAGUGUGACUGGUACGUACUUAAAUAUCCUUCAUUUUUUAAAUGAUCUGUCAUUUACAAAAUGCUGA